AUGACUAAUAAUAAUGAUUUUGAUUUGCCUCCGUCCUAUGAUGAGGCUGUAAAUAGCAGUAGCAGUAGCAACAGCAACAGCACCAGACCUAAUCAGUCAUCAUCACAACCACCUGCUCCACCAGCAAGACCUCAAACCAACCGACCACAACCUCCACCUCCAUCUUCUUCUUCUUCUUCAAAUGCUAACUUAUAUACCAACAAUUUGAACUUACCAUUUACGUAUAAACGAGGAUAUUAUUGUUCUAAAUGUAAAAACUCCGGGUAUAAAAAAAAUGGUGAUAUUUGUCAUAAAUGUUGGGAUACACUUUAUUUAAAUCAGAAUGCUUAUAAUCCUAAUCAAACUAAUUUACCAUUUACUUAUCCCAAACGAUAUUAUUGUUGUAAAUGUCGAAAUACUGGAUAUAAAUUGAAAAAUGGUAAAACAUGUCAAAAUUGUUGGGAAUCAUUUGGACCAAGAAAUAGUUAUUCAUUUGUUAAUACUAAUUAUCAACCAUCUUAUUUUGGUGGUACCACUUUUAUUCCUCUGACUAUGGGUCCUCCUAUCCCCAAUGCUAAACGUGUUGCCCCUGGAUCACCAGAAUUAGGCGGAAUACUAUGUGGUAAUUGUCGAGGACAAGGUAUGGUUCAUUUUUUGUUUGAUACGGAUUUAUGUCCUGUAUGUGGAGGAUUAGGAAGAGUAUUUACUGGUCCACCACGUCCUCCACCACCUCAUCCACCACCACCACCACCACCAAUGCCUCAAACUCCUUAUAUGCCACAAUAUCAACCUCAAUAUAUGAAUUAUGGUCCAAAAAGAUAA